CCGCGAAACUGGUAAAAACAUACAAGGUACUUAAGUAUUAUAAUGGGUUCAUUCACAUUAACUAAUCACAGCAAGGCAUCUCGGUACCAUGCCGUUUUGACGAGUUGAAUCAUGCGGUAAUAUUUGCAUUUGCGCGCCGAUACUGCUUCGAAUGUGCGGCUGUUCAAAAAAUUCACUCAUCUUACGGUCGAAUCGACUCUGUGCCGAAUCGCGCGCUAGUUUCUGUCCCGCCGGGUCAAGUCAGGUGCAGGUCAUGUGGUUGUUUCCAGUCCGGUUCGGUUCCUUGCAAGACGAAGACGUCUUUCCUUCUCCAAAUUAGACCCUUCCCCGAAUGACUGCCGUCUUUAGGUUGUUCUCAAGCGUCAAGCACCAUGACUCAAGACAUCUGAAGAAGUCUAACAAGACAGAGAUGGCGGAACUCGAAGGAAACGCCGCUCCUAACGAGCGGACGCCGCUCGUGAACUACCGCCUCUCGCGGAGUCUGAGCUCCCCCGGGACCGCUUCUUUCGACAAAGAGCCGGCGCAACAAGAACCCGGCUCAAGGAAGCUGUCCACUUUCUUAGGCGUGGUGGUCCCCUGCACCCUGUCUAUGUUCAGUGUCAUUCUUUUUCUCCGUAUGGGUUUCUUAAUUGGUCAGGCAGGACUCCUAGUGGGCAUAGCUCAGUUCUUCCUGGCAUACUGUAUCAUCGGUCUGACUAUCCUGUCUGUCUGUGCCAUCUCUACCAAUGGAGCCAUCGAGGGGGGAGGGGCAUACUUCAUGAUCAGCCGUACGUUAGGCCCAGAGUUUGGAGGCAGUGUUGGGGUUCUGUUCUACUUUGCCAACAUUUUCUCCUCUGCCCUGUACACACUGGGUCUGGUGGAGGCUCUGCUGGGGAACUUUGGUGUGGAAGAUGGUUCCCUGGCCCAGUCCCUGCCGGCGGGUCGGUGGUGGUCCUUCCUGUACGGCACACUGUUCCUGCUUUUCAACCUGGUGGUAUGUCUGGUCGGGGCACAGAUGUUCGCACGGACGUCACUCGUCAUCUUCUGUGUCGUGCAGGUUGCCAUUGUGAGUGUGUUCAUCAGUUUUGGGGUGGAGAACAAACCCAUGAACAUCAGCCUCAUACACCACAUACCAGAUCACGGGAGCAAUGAUACCAUCACCCAGGCCCUAUACACCGGAUUCAACGUGGAGACAGCCAGGCAAAACCUCUGGCCGGAGUUUGGGACAGACUACAGCACGGGCACCAUCAUGAACUUUGCCACAGUGUUUGCCAUCAUGUUUAACGGCUGUACAGGCAUCAUGGCUGGAGCCAACAUGUCAGGUGAUCUGAAAAACCCCAGCAGAUCCAUCCCUAUCGGCACCAUCGCUGCAGUGCUGGCUACCUUCGUGGUGUACCUGCUGCUCUGUAUAUUUGUGGCCUUCACAUGCCAAAGAGAGCUGCUGCAGAAUAACUACAUGGUUCUACAGUAUAUCAACAUGUGGGCACCCUUACCUGUGAUAGGUCUGUACUCAGCCACUCUGUCUGCUGCUCUCAGCUGUCUCAUCGGUGCUUCCAGGAUCCUGGAGGCCUUGUCUAGGGACAAGCUCUUCGGAGGUGUCCUUCGUCUGCUGACCAUCACCAAUCGCAGUGGGAAUCCAUACGUGGCUGUGUUUGUCUCCUGGUUCCUGGUGCAGCUGAUCCUGUUGAUACAGCAGGUGAAUGCCCUGGCCCCCAUCGUGUCUCUCCUCUUCAUCCUGUGUUACGCUGCCGUGAACAUCGCCUGUCUGGCACUGGAGUGGGCAUCCGCUCCCAACUUCAGACCAAUGUUUAAGUACUUCACCUGGCACACCUGUCUGCUGGGAGCCGUCAGCUGUCUGGUGAUGAUGUUCCUGAUCGACCCGAUGUACGCGGCCAUCGCUAUCGCCUGCGUGGCGGUCCUCGUCCUGGUGAUCCACUACAUGUCACCUGACUCCUCCUGGGGCUCCAUCACACAGGCCCUCAUCUUCCACCAGGUCCGUAAGUACCUGCUCCUGCUGGACAUCAGAAAGGACCACAUCAAGUACUGGCGGCCGCAGAUGCUGCUGCUGGUCAACAACCCACGAUCCUGCUGCCAGAUCAUCUCCUUCACCAAUGACCUGAAGAAGGGUGGGCUGUUUGUGGUGGGUCAUGUGGAGGUCGGCAGUCUGUGUGAGCAGCCGUACGACCCCAUGCAGCGCCAGACAACCUUCUGGAUGGACCUGGUCGACAACCUAAAGGUGAAAGCGUUUGUGGAGCUGACCCUGUGCCCCACAGUGCAGCUGGGAGUGGAAAACCUGAUGAGAAUAUCAGGACUGGGAGGCAUGAAACCAAACACUGUCAUGAUGGGUUUCUAUGACAACUGUGCUCAGGAGGACACCUUCGUGUCGAUGGAGGUCUUUAAGGAGCCGAAGGAGAGGCGGGUACAGUUUGCUGACGAGGAGUACGGCAAGAUGGGGGAGGCAUUUCCUCCACUGAGAAAGUUGCAGGAUGAGAAAGUGCUGAACCUGUCGGAGUACGUGGCCAUCAUCAGUGAUGCCAUCAAACUCACCAAGAACGUCUGCCUGCUGAGGUACUUCCACCAGAUGGAUCGUGCUGACCUGUUCUCCUGGAAGCAGACCAAGUACAUCGAUGUCUGGCCUGUCAACAUGAUGAAACCGGAGAUGGCCAGCUACUUUGACGUGACGUGUUUCUUCCUGCUGCAGCUGGCCUGUAUUCUCAACAUGGUGCCGCAUUGGAGAAAGGUGACGCGUCUGCGUGUAUUCCUGUGUGUGGAGGGAGGGGAUAACAACGAGCCAGGCACCAGACGGAGAGAGGCCAAGCUUAAAGAACUUCUCACACAGCUUCGCAUUCAGGCCGACAUCAACAUCAUCAACUGGGAACAUGUCAUCUGUCUGCGGGGCCAUCCGGAGGGAGCCGCCCUCACGGACGAGGCGCCUGUUGCCAUGGCGAUUACAGAGGAGUACCUACGCGCGAUGAACGAGCUCAUCAAGCAGCAGUCCCAGAACACGGCCGUCAACUUCCUCUACCUGACCCGCCCACCGGUCGACACCAGUCGCUACCCAGAAUACCUUAGCAGAUAUGACCUUUUGACCCAUGACCUCCCUCCCACGGUUCUUGUCCAUGGGCUGAGUGCAGUGACCAGUACUGACCUGUGAUGACCUCUUGCCUAUGACUUUCUUGCCCACAACCAUCUUUCUUCUUUUUUUGUUUUUUUUUUGUUCACAGACUUAAACAGUACUGACCAUAGAUGAUCCUAUAAAUUAUGACAGGCUAUCAAAUCAGCAGUUGGAAAAAUGAAAACUCUGUUUAGACCCUAAAUUCCUUUUAUUUUCAACUUAAUGCUCACAACCUUUUCUGGUGGUUCCUCCCUUUCUCCUUUUCUAAUAUCUUUUCCAUCUCACAUACAUGUAUGUAUUGGGGAUUUCCUCAACAUAUAAUAGUCUUGUGACUUAUUCUAAUCUGUAAGGAAAACCACAAUUUCUCCAACUGCUCUCCUCACAAAUGAAAUGUAAUCCUAAGGACUUGUAGGACACUUUUCAAGGUCAUUUAGUAUUUUCAAGUUCGUCUAGGGACCUAGUGGUGCUGUUACUAUAAUUGUAGUUUUCUUCUAUUCAGUGAAUCAGUCACUUUGUAACUUACAAGCCACUUUAAUAUCUCUUUACAAUGAUACAAGGAAAUUUUGAGCAUUUAUGUCAUAAUGAUGUCACUGUUUGGUGUGUCGGUGCUUGUGAAUGGGCACUUUAAUUUGGACGGCAUCAACCUUUUCCUAUUACAGGUACUUAAUGUGUA